AAAGAUUAAUAAGGCUGGAAAUCUGCGAACAAUACUUCACAAGAAUCCGCAGAAGAUCCUCGAAUGCCGGCGCAGCUACUGAGUUGCAGCAGCUAUCCACCCCUUUGAAAACCCCCCCCUGCACACGAAGAGACGCUGAGGCGUUCCAACGGCCUAAACCAUGAAUCUCUUUCGCAUUCUGGGAGACCUCUCCCACUUGAUAUCCAUUCUUAUAUUGUUACAUAAAAUGCAGCAGACGAACUCCUGCUCCGGCAUCUCCUUCAAAUCCCAAGCCCUCUACCUCAUCGUCUACGUCACGCGCUACAUCGAUCUAUUCUGGACCUUCACCGACUCUGCCUACAACACCAUCUUCAAGCUCCUCUUCCUCGGCUCCUCAGGGUACACCCUCUAUCUCAUGACCACCGCCUACAAGCCCACCCACGAUCCGAACCUCGAUACCUUCCGCGUCCAGUACCUGCUCGGCGGCUCUCUGAUCCUCGCCCUCAUCUAUCCCUACCGCUACACGCCCGCCGAGAUCCUCUGGGCCUUCUCCAUCUGGCUCGAGAGCGUCGCCAUCCUGCCGCAGCUCUUCCUCCUGCAGCGCACCGGCGAGGCCGAGACCAUCACCACGCAUUACCUGUUCGCCCUGGGUAGUUAUCGCGCCCUGUAUAUCCCCAAUUGGAUCUGGCGCUACUUCACCGAGGAUUUCUCCGACGGCAUCGCCGUCCUGGCCGGCUUGGUCCAGACCGUCCUCUAUUCGGAUUUCUUCUGGAUCUACUAUACUAAGGUGCUGAAGGGCAAGAAGUUCGCUUUGCCUGUGUAG